AUGAUGCUCCAACAGGCUGGCUCUGUGCAGCUCCUUUGCCUCACGGCUAACAGCGGGGUUCCCCUCUUCACCCGGAGGGCCUCCAAGUAGCUCCUCUUCUCCAUCCUCAUCUCCCGGAACAGGGUGCACAUGUUCAGAGUGGGCCAGGGGAUGGUGCUGGCCAGCUGUGAGACAGACUGUGGAGGCAGUGUGGUGUGGAGGGAGUUUCAGGACAGCAUGAUGCUCAUAGCGGUGAGCAGCGGUGGACAGGCCCAGCAGGGAGAUGGUAGUGGUGCAGGGGAGGGAGACCUCCACCUGCGGUUCCUGCUGGAGAACAUAUGGAACUGUAUGGUGCUGGUGCAGGACCUGCUUCAAGAGGCCCUGGACGGAUUCACCCAGGCUGCAGACAGUGGGUUUGGCUGCCUGAUGAUCCACAGACGGAUAGCUGCCGCCAAAUGGUGGCAUUUGGCGCAGCAGGAAAUAGUAUUAGUAGUAUUUAUUGGGAUCCUCAAUUAGCCGCUGCCAAGGCAGCAGCUACUCUUCCUGGGGUUCGAACAGAAAGCAAAACAACAAAUAAAAUACAUCAUAUAUAUCAUAUACAUAACACUACAUAAUAUUACAUAAUCUCCUGCCUCUGCCUCACGCUUCAGAAACGGAACAUGGCUCCUGCCCUAUAAGCCGUUCCAGAUCUUGAGUAUUUUUGGGGGUAUUUAUUAGGAUCCCCAAUUAGCUGCUGCUGAGGCAGCGGCUACACUUCCUGGGGUCCGAACAGGAAACAACACAACAAAUAAAAUACAUAAUAUACAGAAAUAUACAUCCAUAGCACUACAUUUGCAUUACAAUUUAGCCAUUCAGAAGAUGCUCCCAUCCAGAGCGACCCACAGCUAGUGCAUUCAUCUUAAGAUAGCCAGGUGAAACAACCACAUAUCACAGUCGUAUCCCAACCACAUAUCACAUACAUAAUACAAUACAAAAUGUAGAAGAAUGUCUGUGCCCCUCUUUACCUGGGGUGACAGAGAGUUCCAUGUGGUCAUGGCUCUAUUUAAUACUGUACAUUUCCCAUCCUCUGUUCUGGACCUGGGGACUGUGAAGAGACCUCUGAUUGCAUGACUUGUGUUGUACCAAUGAGUGUCCGAACUGUGUGCCAACUGCUUUAACAGACAGUUUGGGACCUUCAACACCUUGCACAAAGACCAAUAGUGAUGCAGUCAAUCUCUCCUCAACUUUGAGCCAGGAAAGAUUGACAUGCAUGUUACUGGCAUUCACCCUCCGUGUACAUCUAAGUGCAAUACAUGCGGCUCUGUUCUGGACCAACUGCAAUUAACCAAUGUCCCUCUUUGCUGCACAUGACCAUACAACUGGGCAGUAGUCCAGGUGCGACAAAACUAGGGCCUGUCGACUGAUGUCAAGCAGAGCAAAGCCUUAUCAGACCUCUUCCCAUUUUAGCAACCAUUGAGUCUAUAUGUUUUGACCAUGACAACUUGCUAUCUAGGGUUACACCCAGCAGUUUAGUCUCCUCAUCUUGCUCAAUUGCCACAUUUACUCAAUAAUAGAUCUAAAUGAGGUUUAGCAUUGAGCGAGUGAUUUGUCCCAAAAUCGCUGCUUUUAGUUUUUUUGAUAUUUAGCACUGGCCUAUUGCUAGUUGCCCAUUCUAAUACUGACUGGAGCUCUAUGUUAAGGGUGUCAGUUACUUAUUUUACUGUCAUAGCCGAAGUGUAUACUGUUGAGUCGUCAGCAUACAGUGGGGGAAAAAAGUAUUUAGUCAGCCACCAAUUGUGCAAGUUCUCCCACUUAAAAAGAUGAGAGAGGCCUGUAAUUUUCAUCAUAGGUACACGUCAACUAUGACAGACAAAUUGAGAAUUUUUUUCUCCAGAAAAUCACAUUGUAGGAUUCUUUAUGAAUUUAUUUGCAAAUUAUGGUGGAAAAUAAGUAUUUGGUCACCUACAAACAAGCAAGAUUUCUGGCUCUCACAGACCUGUAACUUCUUCUUUAAGAGGCUCCUCUGUCCUCCACUCGUUACCUGUAUUAAUGGCACCUGUUUGAACUUGAACUUGUUAUCAGUAUAAAAGACACCUGUCCACAACCUCAAACAGUCACACUCCAAACUCCACUAUGGCCAAGACCAAAGAGCUGUCAAAGGACACCAGAAACAAAAUUGUAGACCUGCACCAGGCUGGGAAGACUGAAUCUGCAAUAGGUAAGCAGCUUGGUUUGAAGAAAUCAACUGUGGGAGCAAUUAUUAGGAAAUGGAAGACAUACAAGACCACUGAUAAUCUCCCUCGAUCUGGGGCUCCACGCAAGAUCUCACCCCGUGGGGUCAAAAUUAUCACAAGAACGGUGAGCAAAAAUCCCAGAACCUGCAGAGAGCUGGGACCAAAGUAACAAAGCCUACCAUCAGUAACACACUAUGCCGCCAGGGACUCAAAUCCUGCAGUGCCAGACGUGUCCCCCUGCUUAAAGCUAGUACAUGUCCAGGCCCGUCUGAAGUUUGCUAGAGUGCAUUUGGAUGAUCCAGAAGAGGAUUGGGAGAAUGUCAUAUGGUCAGAUGAAACCUAAAUAGAACUUUUUGGUAAAAACUCAACUCGUCGUGUUUGGAGGACAAAGAAUGCUGAGUUCCAUCCAAAGAACACCAUACCUACUGUAAAGCAUGGGGGUGGAAACAUCAUGCUUUGGGGCUGUUUUUCUGCAAAGGGACCAGGACGACUGAUCCGUGUAAAGGAAAGAAUGAAUGGGGCCAUGUAUCGUGAGAUUUUGAGUGAAAACUUCCUUCCUUCAGAAAGGGCAUUGAAGAUGAAACGUGGCCGGGACUUUCAGCAUGACAAUGAUCCCAAACACACCGCCCGGGCAACGAAGGAGUGGCUUCGUAAGAAGCAUUUCAAGGUCCUGGAGUGGCCUAGCCAGUCUCCAGAUCUCAACCCCAUAGAAAAUCUUUGGAGGGAGUUGAAAGUCCGUGUUGCCCAGUGACAGCCCCAAAACAUCACUGCUCUAGAGGAGAUCUGCAUGGAGGAAUGGGCCAAAAUACCAGCAACAGUGUGUGAAAACCUUGUGAAGACUUACAGAAAACGUUUGACCUGUGUCAUUGCCAACAAAGACUAUAUAACAAAGUAUUGAGAAACUUUUGUUAUUGAUCAAAUACUUAUUUUCCACCAUAAUUUGCAAAUAAAUUCAUUAAAAAUCCUACAAUGUGAUUUUCUGGAGAAAAAUUUCUUUCUAAUUUUGUCUGUCAUAGUUGACGUGUACCUAUGAUGAAAAUUACAGGCCUCUCUCAUCUUUUUAAGUGGGAGAACUUGCACAAUUGGUGGCUGACUAAAUACUUUUUUCCCCCACUGUACAUAGACACACAGGCUUUAUUCAUGGUCAGUGGAAGGUCAUUAUUAAAAACAGAAAACAAUAAUGGCCCAAGCUGGCUGCCUUGCGGUACACCACACUCAACCGAAUUUUAAUUGGAGAGGCUUCCAUUAAAGAAAUCCCUCAUUGUUGUAUUAGAUACAUUAGGUAACUCUCAAUCCAUGAUAAGGCAGAGGAUGCAAAUCCAUAACAUCUACAUGAGUGCCCUUCCCUAUAAGCCUGCUGAAAGUCUGUUGUUAAUUUGUUUUCUGUAAAAUAACUUUGUAUUUGGUCAACCACAGCUUUUUCAAAAUGUUUGCUAAGCACUGGAUGACAGGCUGAUUGGAACCGUUAAAGGAUGCUCUGCUAUUCUUGGGCAGUGGAAUUACCUUUGCCUCCCUCCAGGCCUGAGGGCACACACCGUCUUCUAGGCUUAACUUGAAGAUGUGGCAAACAGGAGUCGCAAUGUAUUUCGUACCAGAGUUUUUUUUACUAUCAUUCUUUAUUUCAUUUAUCUUUGUUUCAUAGUAUAGUUUCUUCUUCUUUUUGUUUAGUUAUGUGAUUUCACAAUGUACUGUAUGUUUUGCUAGUCUGUUGCUAUUCUCUUUUCCUCAUCCCUCUCAGCCAUAGAGUUUUUUUUAAAUUAAUCAUCUAUCCAUGGGGAUUUGGCAGUUCUAACCGUCAGUUUCUUCAUGGGCGCAUGCCUAUCAGUAACCGGAAGAAGCAGUUUCAUAAAUGUUUCAAGUGUGGCGUCAGGUUGUUCCUCAUGACACACAUCAGACCAAAUAUUUUUCACAUCUUUGUCAUAGGAAUCAUUGUAAAACCUAUUGUAUGAUCGCUUAUACAUAAUCUUAGGUCCAGUCUUUGGAACUUUGGUUUUUCUAGAUAUGGCUAUUACAUUAUGACCACUACAUCAGAUAGGUGUGGACACUGCUUUACAGCAGAUUUCUGCCACAUAAGUAAAGAUGUGAUCAAUACACGUGAAUGAUUUAGUUCCUGUUCUGUUUGUAAAUACCCUGGUAGGUUGACUGAUAACCUGAACCAGAUUACAAGAAUCGGUUACAGCUUCAAGCAUAUUUUUGAGUGGAUGGCUUGAAGACAACCAGUCAAAAUGUAGGUCACCCAGAAAACAUACCUUCUCUGUUGAUAUCACAUACAUUAUCUAGCAUUUCACACAUAGUCCAAAUACUGACUUUUAGCACUCAGUGGUCUAUAACAACUUCCUAUGAGAAUAGGCUUUAGGUGAGACAGAUGAACCUGUAGCCUUAUUAUUUCUUCAUCUGCCAUAAGAUCUUCUCUCAGCCUAACAGGAAUAUGACUCUGGACAUACAGUGGGGAGAACAAGUAUUUGAUACACUGCUGAUUUUGCAGGUUUUCCUACUUACAAAGCAUGUAGAGGUCUGUAAUUUUUAUCAUAGGUACACUUCAACUGCGAGAGACGAAAUCUAAAACAAAAAUCCAGAAAAUCACAUUGUGUAAGUAAUUAAUUUGCAUUUUAUUGCAUGAAAUAAGUAUUUGAUACAUCAGAAAAGCAGAACUUAAUAUUUGGUACAGAAACCUUUGUUUGCAAUUACAGAGAUUAUACGUUUCCUGUAGGUCUUGACCAGGUUUGCACACACUGCAGCAGGGAUUUUGGCCCACUCCUCCAUACACACCUUCUCCAGAUCCUUCAGGUUUCGUGGCUGUCGCUGGGCAAUACGGACUUUCAGCUCCCUCCAAAGAUUUUCUAUUGGGUUCAGGUCUGGAGACUGGCUAGGCCACUCCAGGACCUUAAGAUGCUUCUUACGGAGCCACUCCUUAGUUGCCCUGGCUGUGUGUUUCGGGUCGUUGCCACGACCCAUCUUCAAUGCUCUUACUGAGUGAAGGAGGUUGUUGGCCAAGAUCUCGCGAUACAUGGCCCCAUCCAUCCUCCCCUCAAUACGGUGCAGUCGUCCUGUCCCCUUUGCAGAAAAGCAUCCCCAAAGAAUGAUGUUUCCACCUCCAUGCUUCACGGUUGGGAUGGUGUUCUUGGGGUUGUACUCAUCCUUCUUCUUCCUCCAAACACCACGAGUGGAGUUUAGACCAAAAAGCUCUAUUUUUUUUCUCAUCAGACCACAUGACCUUCUCCCAUUCCUCCUCUGGAUCAUCCAGAUGGUCAUUGGCAAACUUCAGACGGGCCUGGACAUGUGCUGGCUUGAGCAGGGGGACCUUGCGUGUGCUGCAGGAUUUUUAUCCAUAAUGGCGUAGUGCAUUACUAAUGGUUUUCUUUGAGACUGUGGUCCCAGCUCUCUUCAGGUCAUUGACCAGGUCCUGCCGUGUAGUUCUGAGCUGAUCCCUCACCUUCCUCAUGAUCAUUGAUGCCCCACGAGGUGAGAUCUUGCAUGGAGCCCCAGACCGAGGGUGAUUGACCGUCAUCUUGAACUUCUUCCAUUUUCCUUCUCACCAAGCUGCUUGCCUAUUGUCCUGUAGCCCAUCCCAGCCUUGUGCAGGUCUACAAUUUUAUCCCUGAUGUCCUUACACAGCUCUCUGGUCUUGGCCAUUGUGGAGAGGUUGGAGUCUGUUUCAUUGAGUGUGUGGACAGGUGUCUUUUAUACAGGUAACAAGUUCAAACAGGUGCAGUUAAUACAGGUAAUGAGUGGAGAACAGGGGGGCUUCUUAAAGAAAAACUAACAGGUCUGUGAGAGCCGGAAUUCUUACUGGUUGGUAGGUGAUCAAAUACUUAUGUCAUGCAAUAAAAUGCAAAUUAAUUACUUAAAAAUCAUACAAUGUGAUUUUCUGGACUUUUGUUUUAGAUUCCGCCUCUCACAGUUGAAGUGUACCUAUGAUAAAAAUUACAGACCUCUACAUGCUUUGUAAGUAGGAAAACCUGCAAAAUCGUCAGUGUUUCAAAUACUUGUUCUCCUCACUGUACAUAGAAACACUUCCACCAUUUGCAUUUCUAUCUUUCCUGUAUAUUCUAUAACCAUGUAUAGCUACUACUGCAUCAUCAAAGGAAUGAUUUAAGUGUGUUUCAGAGAUGGCCAGAAUAUGAAUGUUUUCUGAUGUUAGUAAGUUGUCAAUUUCAUUAACCUUGUUUCUCAGGCUACAUAUGUUAAUAUGGGCUAUUUUAGUCCUUUUCUGGGUUGCUUGUUUGUUUUUCGUGCUAUUCUGAGAGGCUGAUCUGAGGCAGACAUGUCAGUGACAUUAGCUUUUUUGUGGGGGGGGUUAGAUUUUUAUUUUUUAUUUUUGAUCAACAAAAACAUACAUAGACAUAAACAAUUGACAACCUAACAUUCACAUACAUUGACAUCACACUUGCUCAGACCCACAUGUUCCCAAUCUAUCCCCACCCAAUGUUGUUUCUAAUGCUUGUAAGACUCUGCCUCAUAUGACUUCAAAUUGUAUUGUUGUUUCUGUCUGUAGACAGAUUUAUUUUCAAUAUUUAAAUAAAGCAUUUGAUUCUUCCAUUAUAUUAACAUGGUAGACAUGUCAGUGUCAUUUACAUUUAAGUCAAUGGUACUGAGUGGGCUGCUCACAGUGGGCUUCUUCUUAAGGCAGACCGUUUCAGUGCAAACAAUGGAAUUCAAUUCUAUGGGCAUAUAAUUAUUGCUGACAAUACCCUGGGAGCUAACAGUUAAAGGAACAUAGAUUAGGUUAGUUACAUUGACUGCACUUAUAUUUCUCAGGGAUAUAAUAUGAUUUCCAUGUCCUUUGUUGCUUAUUAUGACAGGGAGGACUGGAGUGCUACCAACCCCAGACCAUCAGUCUCUUAAGAAGUUCACUAUGUUGAUGGAGAUAAUCCUGGAAACCCUGCGGUUAGGGUGAAUCCCUUCUCUUUUAAAGAAUGUCGUUAAAGCCAAAGUGUGUGACGAUGUACAAGAGUAGUUGGCUAGAACUGUGGGCAGGAGGGAGUUGAUGUCUUGGACAUGGGUGCCUGGCCGUAGGCAGGCCAAAGUCUCUCACCAUCAAGCUGCCCACGAUGACGGUGGUUGUGAUGGAAUCCGAUGGGGAAGGAAGAGGGGGAACAGAAUGGGACUGCCUCAGGCAAGGGGGAGAAGGUGUGCUUCGAUCCAUGCCAGCCUGACUCACCGCACAUGCACCAGUAGCAGCGGAUGGCGUCAGAAUCCCCAACGCUCCCUCACCGGCUCUGUAUCCUGCGACGCCCCUGUCUUCCUGUCCCAGGGCAGCCCCACGGUGGCCCAUUGCCUGCUCCGCUUACAGCUGCCUCCGGGGGUGGACGUGUGCGUGCUGUGUGGCCCCAGUCCCACCAUGCACAGGGCUGAGAGCGAGCUGGUGGGGCGUUUCUGGUCUCCUCUAGUGGAGGCCCUGAGAGGCAGACUGGCUGUGGGAGAGCGCUGCCUGCUAGGCUCUGUGAUCCUCUGCCCUGACAUCCUGGCUCUGCUGCUCAUCAACAGAGUCCCGUCGCUCAGUCCCCCGUGUGAAGACAAUCACCACUAA